GUGGCUAUAUCACAAGUUUAUAGUAUUCAAACUCCAUAGCUGAGUUACUCAGCCACCUCGAGAACGACCCACCAAAAUUCAAACUCAGAAAAAACAUUUCACUGCAAAAUCACACUCUUCUUCUAAUUCUUCUUAGUUUGUCCCAUUUCUCUGCAACUGCUCGUUGCAGAAAUGGCGAUCACCAUCUAGAACAGUUCAUCUUCUAGUGGUUUCACAUAUCGAUUUGAUUGAAGAUGGUGUUCCCACUCCUGGUGGCUUCAUUUCUUGUGCUCUUUGCUUCAUUCUCUUCUUCUCUCAACUCCGACGGGCUAUCUCUCCUCGCGCUCAAAGCCGCCAUCUCCGGCGACCUGGAGCACGUGCUCGACGCGUGGUCGGAAUCCGACUUGACCCCGUGCGGCUGGGUCGGCGUCACGUGCGUGCGCCAGCGAGUGACCGGGCUGAUUCUCUCCCGGAGGGGGUUCACCGGCUACAUUCCGUCGGAGCUCGGCGCCGUGGUUACUCUCCGGCGACUCUCUCUUUCUCACAACAACUUCUCCAAACCCAUCCCGUCUCGCCUCUUCAACGCCACUUCUCUUGUCUAUUUAGACCUCUCCCACAACUCUCUCUCCGGCUCGAUACCGCCCGAAAUCGAAACCCUAAAAAAUCUUACGCAUUUAGAUUUAUCUUCCAAUCGCCUAAAUGGCUCUCUUCCGGAAGGCCUCAGUCAGCUGAAGAAUCUCGGCGGAACCCUAAAUUUAUCGAACAAUCAACUUUCAGGCAAGGUUCCGGCGUCGUACGGAGAUUUGCCGGUGAUCGUGAGCUUGGAUCUCCGGCAGAACAACCUGACUGGGAAGAUACCUCAGGAGGGUUCACUAGUGAACCAGGGUCCCACUGCUUUCACGGGAAAUCCUGGUCUUUGUGGGUUCCCGUUGGAAACGCCAUGCCCAGAAGCUCAAAACCCUAGCCCCUUUGCAGAACUCCAAGACCCCAAAAACCCUGAAAACCCUAAUGGCACAUUGAAGGAGAGAGGGAAGGAGACAGGAGCGGCAGUCACAAUACCGUUAAUUUCGGGAGUUUCGGCGGCACUUGGGGUUGUUUCGGUGAUUCUGUGGUUGUUUCGGAAAAAAGGGGGUUUUGGGGAGGGUAAGAUUGGUAAAGAGGGGGUGGCGAGGGAGGACGAUUGUGAAGGGCAAAAGGGUAAAUUUGUGGUGGUGGAUGAAGGGUUUGGUUUGGAUCUGGAGGACUUGUUGAGGGCAUCAGCAUAUGUUGUGGGGAAGAGCAGGAGUGGCAUUGUGUAUAAGGUGGUGGUGGGGAGGGGAUCCGGCAUUUCACCGCUGCCAGUUGUGGCGGUGAGACGGCUGAGUGAAGGUGAUGGUACAUGGCGGUUCAAGGAGUUCGAAUCGGAGGUUGAAGCUAUUGCGAAUGUUCGCCAUCCGAAUAUUGUUCCAUUGAGAGCUUACUACUAUGCAGAUGAUGAGAAACUACUGGUUUCUGAUUUCAUCCGCAAUGGGAGCUUGUACACAGCUCUGCAUGGUGGGCCUUCCACUGCUUUGCCGCCAUUGUCAUGGGGGGCGAGGUUGAAGAUUGCUCAGGGUGUGGCCAGGGGUCUGAUGCACAUACAUGAAUGUAGCCCUCGAAAAUAUGUUCAUGGGAACUUAAAAUCCUCAAAAAUCCUUCUAGACGAUGAUCUUCAGCCCUACAUAGCAGGUUUUGGACUUAUGCGCCUCAUGCCAACAACCUCCAAGUCUACCAAUUCAGCUUCCAAAAGGCAGAACCUGAACAGCAUAACCUCUGUUACGGGUUCAAAACUUUCCACUUCCUCUGUUGCUUACAUUGCACCUGAAGCUCGUGUUUCAGGAAGUAGGUUGAUGGCAAAAUGUGAUGUGUACUCCUUUGGCAUUGUGCUUUUAGAGAUUUUGACUGGUCGACAGCCCGAGGCAGGGCCAGAAAAUGAUGGAAAGUGUGUAGAGAGCCUCGUGAGGAAGGCAUUCAGGGAGGAAUGCCCAAUGUCUGAGAUCGUAGACCCUGCACUUUUACCUGAAGUUCAUGCGAAGAAGCAAGUUGUUGCGGCAUUUUAUAUCGCCCUCAACUGCACAGAGCUGGACCCAGAGCUUCGGCCAAGGAUGAGGACUGUUUCUGAGAGUCUUGACCAUCUCAAAUUGCAAUGAGGGCGGGCGGAGGGGGAAUAGUUUUUUGGGAGGUCGGGUUGGGUUUGAUCUUGUAAAGUUUUCUGUUUGCUGAAUCCUGAGGGGUGAAGCUAUUGUAGGCUCAUGAGAAACCUUGGACAGGCUGUUUGGAUGUGUAUCUGUUUCUUGAUGAGUAUUACCAUUAGGAAAUGCAUUUUUCAUUGGGUUA